GGCUCGGAGAGACAGCAGGAUGCCAAGGGGAGCACUCCGACACACGGCGUCCGUUUUACCGUCUCCCGGCGUCGUCUCUCGGCCACAGAAACUCUGAUGGGCGUUUUUACCUUCCUUUUACCGUCCUCGACGCUUGGAUAUUUUCGGAAGCCACGAAAUGAAGCGAAUGAAUCCACGCUGGAAGUCGCCCCCCAUGUGGCCGUCGGGAGUGGGGAGCAGGCAGCCCUGCCCGCGGGAGUCGGCGCUGCGCAAGGCGGCCAUCAGCGGCAACAUCAACGCCCUGCCGCACCACGUCCCCACCGGCCGCAGCGUCCGGGUGUUCAUCUGUGCCAACCCCGACGACACAGAGGCGGAGAGGAACGCACUGAAAGAGCACGUCUACCCCAAACUACGAGACUUCUGCAGGGAGAACUAUGGGAUUGAAUUCCAGGUGGUGGACCUGUACUGGGGCGCGGACCCGGAGGAGUGGGACAGUCCAGAGCUGCAGAGACUCAGGAUGAAGCUCCUGGAGGAAUGUCUAAAGACCUCAGCGGGACCGUGUUUCGUUGUAAGCAUUACACACCGCACAGGUUACAAUUUAAAACAUAAUGGAUUUCGUCUGCUCGAGUAUUAUCUGAGUUCACGUCGCUGCGUGUCCAGAAAAUCUGUUAAAUCAGUGUCUGCUUCACUUUUUCCCACCAUCCCUCUCUGUCUCAUUACACGGCUCUGAUAUGGCAUUAAAGCUGUGCGUUGUUCCCAGGCCCCUUUGCUUUUGAAGAUCUAAUAGCUGUGUGAAACUACCUAAUAAGGGUGAAAUCUAAUUUCUCUCGCAGACCUGUCUUUUUUAUGAGCCACAUUUGAGAAAUGACACUGAAACGACAGCUGCGUUUGAAGUCCUUUCUUCUGUUGACAGUGGAUACGUGCAUUUUUUUGAUGAGAAGUAAGGAAGUAAAUUUUAUGUAUAAAGCGCUUUUCACAGGCAAAAAGUCACAAAGUGCUUUACAAGGGCAUAAAACAACAAACACAGAAAAACACAAUUAAA